GAAGAACAAGCGUAAGGCGAGGCCAAGACGGAGGGGCGGACACCUUAUAUGCUUCACUUAACCCAUGCGUCCUCAUCAGUGGUUGGCCCGGCUGUCAAUCAAACGCCUACCUUGAAACCAACCAAUGAGGCGCCUCGACGACGCUGAGGCGGGAAGCUUGAAAUUUUCGGAACAAGAUGGCGGCAGCGCUUCUCAGAGUGAUGACGGCGGAACCGUAAUGGCCCUGAAGGGCUUUGGGGGGCUCCCUCUCCAUCAGGACCCCGCGCUGAGGCCGAGGACCGGGCCUCCUUCCAAGCGAGACCACGCCGGCGAGGGAAGUGAGGUCGGGGUCUCGGGAGCGAAGCACGCAUGCGCAGACGCGCCGCCGCCGCUCAUUGGCCGCCCUCUAGCGGCCGCGCGGGGCAUCGCGCUCUCCAGCUUGCCACACGGCUCUGCGAGGCGCUGCGAGCCGAGGACGACACGAUGGUGGAGACCCUCCUCCAACAGGGCGCCAACCCCAACUUGGUGCUGCCUGAAGGCAUGGCUCCCAUCCACUUGGCAGCUGGCAUGGAGCAGGAGAGUGGCCUCCGCUGCUUGGGCCUCCUUCUCCAACAUGGCGGAGACCCCAACGCCAGGUCAAUGGAGGAUCUCACCCCUUUGCACGUGGCUGCCUCCUGGGGCUGCGCGAUGUGCUUGAGGCUGCUGCUGACGGAAGGAGGGGACCCCUGCAUCCAAGACCAGGACAGGAACACGGCCCUUGACCUGGCUUUAGAACAAGGCAACGCCAUAUGUGCCCGGAUCCUGCGCCAGGCUCUGGAAGGAGAAAAGGCAUCAGAGCAGAACAGCUGGAGGUCCUACCGAAGAGCAGAGAGCUUCCUCUCCACCGUGACUGAUGACACUCUGGAAGCUGGAGGAAUCCUAAGGCAUUGUGGUCCAGACCUGGUUAGCCGAACCUCAGCGUCAUCUCAAAAUGGGAGCACUGGAAGCGGCCUCUUUCCUUAUUCCAAUGGCUGCCUCCCAGCCAAGUAUCUGGAUGAAAGCUGCUCCAAAGGGGACCACCGGGCCUCAGCUUCGUUCCUUACUGAAUACUCUUGGAACGGCAUGUGUGAACACGACGAGAUUCCCACUCGUUUAGAGGCGGCAUCCGAACUGCAAUUUGAUCGCGCGAAUGGGAAGCGAAUCUCAAACCUCAAGUCCCAAAGCGCCUCCGGAUCCCAGGGGAUCCUCAAACCUGAAUGUGAACUGGAUUGUCUGUGGGACGCCAAUGCCACUCUGGAUCUGACCCUCUACAGUAGCUUCCUCGACCCAAAGCUGGUAGUGAAGCCCAACAUCAGGCAAGGGCUGGACGUCACCUCUCCAGACCAUGCCUUCCUCUUCUCCCGAGGAGACGCUGCGAUGGCGGAGGAUCUCGAAAGGACCCUGGUGGCCCUUUCAGAGGGGAGCUGCAGCCAGUACCUUUCGUGCAACAGCGAAGCAAGCGCCGUGGAAGAGCUGCCACGGAAGAACGGGGAACUGGAAGCCAUCUUGGGUGGUUCUUUUAGCUCAGACUGCAGCCAAGACAACAAGGCUCAGAGAUAUGGGGAACUGGAAGCCACCUUGGGUUGUUCUCCUAGCGGCCAAAUGUCCCAUGAGCAUGUCAAGAUAUCUCCAGAAGCCACUUUGGACUCUCCCGACAAAUCUCAGACUCUGGUUCACUCUCAGGCUUCUUUAGAGACACAGACUUCCAGACUCUCUUUCACUGGGAAGAAUAAAAGCCCUACCAAUGCCUCUCAGAUGUGUCAGGAGAGGAGAGAUAUUGGAAAGCAUCCUUGGCACAAAGAGGGGAAGAGGAACACCCUAAAUCUCGUAAUCCCCAUAACCGCGAAUCAAGUUCUUCCAGAAUGUUCCUUCAUUGCCGCAAGUGAAGACGAACUCACUGGCGAAUCUGGAACUAUGGUGUUAGUGUCCGAUGGAGAAGUGCAGACUCAAGACACGGUUCUUAUACAGAGGAUGCCUGAAGACACGGAGACUCCUGGAACAAGUGCGGAAGUGGCUGAGACUGUGCCAGUUUUCUGCCCAAGUCCUGCGGAAGAGAAGCUGUCCAGCCUGGAGGCCAAACUGAGGGCCAUGAUGCUGGCCACCAAGGCCUCUCACUCGCCUCUCCUCCGGCCCUUCGAUGGAGUCGAACAUCGUUUGUCCGCACCCGCCACAAAGAGUGCCGCGACUUCCUCUCUCUUUGACGAAGAUCUCGAGAUGCCGAGGCGCCCGAGACGAGUGCGCAGUCCCGAAGGGAGACCUCCGGUUGUCAGAAGGGACUGCGUUUCAACCGUCAAACCACAAAACGAGAACCCAUCCCGUGUGGCAGGAGGGGAAACUGGAUCGCUGGCGGACACCCAGUUGAUACCGGUUGUUGAUCUGGUGGAGAUAACGGAACCUGUAAAGGAUUAUGAUCAGCAAAGGCCCUUUUAUUUGGAAGCCAAACCUGGCGGCUGUUUUGUAUUGGCAAAGGAUAACCAAAAGGAAAGGGGCAACAGCUCAGAUAAGACGGAUGCCAAACCAUUAUGCUCCAUUUCUUCAAGGGAUAAACGAGAGGAAUGGGACAACAGCUCAAACAAGACAGACACCAAACCAUUCUGCUCCGUGUCACCAAGGGAUAACCAAAAGGAAUGGGGCAACAGCUCAGACAAGUUGGACGGCAAACCAUUAUGCUCUGCAUCUCCAAAGGAUAAACGAGAGGAACGUGGACACAGCACAAACCAGAUGGACGCCAAACUAUUAUGCUCUGUGUCUCCAAGGGAUAAGCGAGAGGAAUGUGGCAACAGCUCAAAUGAGAUGGAUGCCAAACCAUUAUGCUUUGUGUCUCUAAGGGAUAAACGAGAGGACUGGGGCAACGACUCAAACAAGACAGACACCAAACCAUUCUGCUCCGUAUCACCAAGGGAUAACCAAAAGGAACGGGGCAAGAUGGAUGCCAAACCGUCAUCAGUCAGCACUAAGGAAGCCAAGACCACGAGGGUGAGCUUCAGCUGUAUGUCUCUCCGAGAGCCCUCUCUCGUGCCCACUUCAUCCCAAAGGUCAAGCCCCAUUGUUCAAGCAUCCCAGCUCUCCCCGGGUGGCCGCCCCAUUAACACUAAUGUGAGCAAACCUGUGGAAUAUCUCUAUGUGGAUGACGACGAGGGGCACUCCCUUGUCGAGAGGCGCGUCCCCUUCACAGAUGAAUCGCUCACUGGGUCCGAUGACACAGUUGUGUACGACUGGCGGGACUGUGCGGGAAAGGUGGCUGACGGGCCCCUUUCGGACGAAGUCCUGGUCCAGGAGCUGCGGGACUUCGGUGUAAAUCCAGGGCCGGUGACGGGGCUCACACGGAAACUCUAUACAAAGCUCUUGGAGAAACUCAGGAACGACCCAAGGACCAAGGCACGGAAGAAUACGGCAGGAUACAGCCCAGAACUGACCUUCGCCCUGGAGACGUUCCAGAUCCCGGAUGCGAAAGAUGACGAAAUGGCCUUGAUUGGACAGUUUGACCGUCUGGAUCAGAGACAGAAGUGGAGGGAAGGCCUGCUCAAAUCCAGCUUUAACUACCUGCUCCUGGACCCCAGGGUGACACAGAACCUCCCCUUCCGCUGCCACUUUGUGAGCCAAGCAGAGUGCUUCCGGACCUUUGUCAGCGCCAUCUUCUAUGUGGGGAAAGGCAAGCGCUCCCGGCCUUACAGCCACCUCUACGAGGCCUUGACCCAUUACAACCAGGGCGGCCAAGGGAAGCCUCCAGGAAAGGUCUCGCCCAAAGUGUGCCAUAUCCUGGAGAUCUGGGAGAGCGGCCAAGGGGUGGUCUCCAUGCACUGCUUCCAGAAUGUGGUCCCCGUUGAGGCCUACACCCGCGAGGCCUGCAUCGUGGACGCCAUUGGGCUGAAGAUGCUGACCAACAUGAAGAAGGGGGACUACUAUGGCCUGGUGGCUGGGUGGCCCUUGAAGCGGCGCCGGCGCCUGGGUGUCUUCCUCCUGCACAGAGCCAUGCAGAUCUUCCUGGCUGAAGGGGAGCGGCAGCUGUGUCCCGCCGACAUCCGGCCGCCAUGACGGCCCUCUGGCUCCAAUGGAUGCAAUUUGACAAAUUUGUCAAAUAGAUGACACAAUUAUGAUUACUUCAGCUUCUUUUCUGCCCUUUGCCGGAGGCCCUGCUCUCUGGGAUUGGAGUCGCUCCUGGCCCUUUAAAUAAUGGAACUUCCUUUGAAUUCCUCCCGGCCCAAACAAGGCAAAAUGGCCGCCUCCAUUGAAAAUUUAUUUUUUUAAUGUUGAAAGAACUGUUGUGCAGCCCCUUUGGCCGACCAACCUCUUAGGCGGAUUGUUUUUUUUAAAUAAAUUUUUAAAAAAACCAUAAA